AUGAGUGUCAAAGAAAAAUUUUAUUUGUCUAUUAGCAAAAUUAACACAAUUCUUAAUGGUUGGAUUCCAAAAGAAUUUUCCAACAUUUCUGUUUAAUGUAAAUUAAAAUUUUUGUCUAAAGUAAAUGUUUAUACUGAAAAAUAUGUUGAAUGUCAUCAGUAUUCAAACUGCCAUACAUUUUAGCAGGAUUGCUUUUAAUUGGUAUAUUUGAAAAUAAUAUUCUAGUAUCAUUUUAUGCAUGGCGUAUUUGAACACUUAGUAGCAAAUGUAUAAAACCAUUUAUUACAAUUCAAAUAAGUGAAUGCAAACACUUUAGGGGAAGUAAAGAUUAUUAGUGAUGGCAGUGUUGAAAAUUCAAAUGAGAUAAUUGUAAUGCUUUCAAAAAUAAAAUAUACAUGUUCUGAUGACCUAUGGACAACUAAGAAGUACAUGUAUUAUUGUUUAAGGGAUAAUAAUUAAUUGUUUGAGAAUACUCCUAUACUUUCUUAUUUAUUGAACCAUUCAUAGGAUGCUAAAUAUAUUCCAUUUAUAGUACAAUGUACAGGCAGAUAUUAUUAGAAUACGACUUAGGUCCUUUUUAAAGAUGAGCAAGCUCCUGCUGUAAAAGUAGAGAAGGAAAAUCAUUUAUAACUUUUUUUAUAACACAUUCAACCUCUCCAAUUUAUUCUUUAUAAAGCAUUACUAUGCAACAGAAAAAUUAUUUUUCAGUUUUAGUUUAUUAUUUAUAACAUAUAUAAAUUUUAUCUUUAUUUAUCGUGUAGAUUAAAAUAAUAAACUUUUUUAUUUAAUAUAUUGGAUUAUAAUAUCAAAAAGUAUCUAAUUUAAGUAGAUUAAAUAAUUUGGUCUAGAUAACCAAAGAUAUCAAAAUUUUUUGAUGUAAUAUCAUCUAAUUCUAGUCUUGAAUAGAAGAAUAAAUCCUCCAAAUUUUAGCACUAAUUUUUGUAAUGGUCAACCUUUAUAAAUAACUUUUUGCAGCAAAUUAAAAAAUAGCAGCAGGUUCUGUAUGUAUGA